AUGUGGGGCUUUGGGGGAGGCAGGAUCUUCGGGAUCUUCUCCGCUCCCGUCCUGGUGGCCGUGGUGUGCUGCGCCCAGAGUGUGAACGAUCCCGGCAACAUGUCCUUCGUGAAAGAAACUGUGGAUAAACUGCUGAAGGGCUACGACAUCCGCCUCCGCCCGGAUUUCGGAGGUCCGCCCGUCUGCGUGGGGAUGAACAUCGACAUCGCCAGCAUCGACAUGGUCUCCGAGGUCAACAUGGAUUACACUUUGACUAUGUAUUUUCAGCAGUACUGGAGAGACAAGAGACUGGCAUAUGCUGGCAUACCUCUCAACCUCACACUUGAUAAUCGAGUGGCAGAUCAACUCUGGGUGCCUGACACUUACUUCUUAAAUGACAAGAAAUCAUUUGUGCAUGGUGUUACUGUGAAGAAUCGAAUGAUUCGCCUUCAUCCAGAUGGAACGGUGCUUUAUGGCCUCAGAAUCACAACCACUGCAGCUUGUAUGAUGGACUUGAGAAGAUACCCACUAGAUGAACAGAACUGUACUCUGGAAAUAGAAAGCUAUGGCUACACGACUGACGACAUAGAAUUCUACUGGAGAGGAGGAGAUAAUGCAGUCACUGGUGUGGAAAGGAUUGAGCUUCCUCAGUUCUCCAUUGUGGAAUACAGACUAGUGUCGAAGAAUGUUGUCUUUGCCACAGGUGCCUAUCCAAGACUCUCACUGAGCUUCAGGUUGAAGAGAAAUAUUGGAUACUUUAUUCUUCAAACCUACAUGCCCUCCAUACUGAUUACCAUUUUAUCAUGGGUGUCAUUCUGGAUCAAUUAUGAUGCAUCAGCAGCAAGAGUUGCCCUUGGAAUUACAACUGUGCUGACUAUGACAACAAUCAACACUCAUCUGCGAGAGACUUUGCCUAAAAUUCCCUAUGUUAAAGCCAUUGACAUGUAUCUUAUGGGCUGCUUUGUAUUUGUCUUCUUGGCCUUACUUGAAUACGCCUUUGUCAACUACAUUUUCUUUGGAAAAGGCCCUCAAAGGCAGAAGAAACUCGCGGAAAAAACAGCAAAGGCAAACAACGAUCGCUCAAAGUUUGAAGGCAGCCGGGUGGACACCCAUGGAAAUAUUCUGCUAACAUCGCUUGAAAUUCACAAUGAGGUGGCAAGCAACGAGGUCACAACCAGCGUCACGGAUGCCAGAAAUUCAACUAUAUCCUUUGACAACUCAGGAAUCCAGUACAGAAAACAAAGUUCACAUCGCGAAAGCUUUGGAAGGCAUUCGUCAGAAAGAACAGGCUCCCACGGCAAGAGGAGCCAUUUACGAAGAAGGUCUUCACAACUGAAAAUAAAAAUCCCUGAUCUAACAGAUGUGAAUGCCAUUGACAGAUGGUCAAGAAUGGUGUUUCCAUUCACAUUUUCUCUUUUCAACUUAAUUUACUGGCUUUACUAUGUUAACUGA